AUAAAAAAAAAAAGCGGGGUGAGGGCCGGGCGGCGCCUAUGGAAAAGCAGCGCAGGCAUCCCCCCCGCCUCCUCCCAGCGAAGCCCAACUCCGGCCGGGCACGGCUCCUCCUGGCAGCCCGCAGCGCACUGGCCCCAUCGCCGCCUCCUCCGCUGCCUCCUCCCCUCGCCCGGGGCACCGGCGGCUGCGGCGGGGACGCUCCGGUGCGAAGGCGGGGAGCAGCACCAGGAGGCGGAGAAGGAAGGCUCCGGCCCCGCUCCCCAGGCAGCACGGCGGCCCCCGGAUGGUGCUGUUAAAAAAGCCAAGUUCGACGGGCCCCAAGAGAAGUUUAACACCUACGUGACACUGAAGGUGCAGAAUGUCAAGAGCACAACCAUCGCAGUGCGGGGCAACCUGCCCUCCUGGGAGCAGGACUUCAUGUUCGAGAUCAACCGUCUGGACCUGGGGCUGACUGUGGAGGUGUGGAACAAGGGGUUAAUCUGGGACACCAUGGUGGGGACAGUGUGGAUCCCUCUUCGCACCAUCCGGCAGUCCAAUGAGGAGGGUCCUGGGGAAUGGCUCACACUUGACUCCCAGGUCAUCAUGACUGAUAAUGAGAUUUCAGGCACCAAGGACCCCACUUUCCACCGUAUCCUCCUUGACACCCGCUUCGAGCUGCCACUGGAUAUCCCCGAGGAGGAGGCCAGGUACUGGGCCAAGAAGCUGGAGCAGCUGAAUGCCAUGAGGGACCAGGAUGAUUUUUCCUUCCAGGAGGAGCAGGAAAAGCCUCUGCCUGUUCCCAGCUCCCAGUGCUGCAACUGGAAUUAUUUUGGCUGGGGAGAACAUCAGAACGAUGACCCCGACAGCACUGUGGAUGACCGGGACAGUGAUUACCGCAGCGAGACCAGCAACAGCAUCCCCCCACCCUACUAUACCACCUCCCAGCCCAAUGCCUCUGUCCACCAGUACCCCAUGAGGCACCAGCAGCAGAGCUCCCAUGACUCCUACACUGAUUCCAUGCAGAGCUAUGAGAUGGACUACUCGGACCAUCGUCCCAUCAGCCCCACAGGGAGCAGCCGCUAUGCCUCGUCGGCCGAGCUGAGCCAGGGCAGCUCCCAGCUGAGUGAGGACUUUGAGAACGAGAGCCUGCGGGACUCGGAGCUGGAUGAGCGGGAUGGAGACUCCUACCACUCCUGCCACAGCUCUGUCAGCUACCACAAGGACUCUCCCCGGUGGGAGGAGGAAGAUGAGGAUGAUGACCUUUAUCUGGAGGAGGAGGAAGAGGAGGAGGAGUUCAAUGAUGACUACAGUGAGAAUGAGGAAGGCUACUCCAAGGAGGAGGAGCAGGAGGAGGACCUGCAGGAGCAGGACACCUAUGAAGCCCCCAAGCAGGAUGCUUACCCCCCGCUGCAGAAACCCCCUGGGCAGCAGCUCUCACCCCAGCAACCCCAGCUGGUCCCACCAUCAAAGCUGCAACAGCAGGAGAGGAAAGAGGAGAGAAAAGAAGAGAGGAAGGAGGAAAGGAAGGAGGAGAGAAAGGAGGAGAGGAAGGAGGAAGCCCCCCAGGAAACCCUAGAGACCCUCCAGGCCCAGAAGGGAGCAGAAGAAACCCCCAAGCCAGAGGUGGCCCCUGAACCUGAGCCCCUGGAGACUGCUGAGAGGGAGCAGGCAGAAGUAGAGGUGCAGGACCCCAAAGCACGAGCCAAAGCCAACUGGCUGAGAGCCUUCAACAAGGUCUGCAUGCAGCUGCAAGAGGCCCGUGGGGAAGGUGAUGGAGAAGCGAAAUCACUGUGGUUCAAAGGCGGGCCUGGUGGUGGGCUGAUCAUUAUAGACAGCAUGCCGGACAUACGCAAGCGAAAACCCAUCCCCUUAGUUAGCGAUUUGUCCCUGGUCCAGUCCAGGAAAGCGGGAAUCACAUCUGCGCUGGCCUCGAGCACCUUGAACAAUGAGGAGCUGAAAAACCAUGUUUACAAGAAGACCCUGCAAGCCUUAGUGUACCCCAUCUCCUGCACAACGCCUCACAACUUCGAGGUGUGGACGGCCACCACCCCCACCUACUGCUACGAGUGCGAGGGACUGCUCUGGGGCAUUGCCCGGCAGGGCAUGCGCUGUGCUGAGUGUGGUGUAAAAUGCCAUGAGAAGUGCCAGGACCUGCUCAAUGCCGACUGCCUGCAGCGGGCAGCAGAGAAGAGCUCCAAGCACGGAGCAGAGGACCGGACCCAGAAUAUCAUCAUGGUGCUCAAGGACCGCAUGAAGAUCCGGGAGCGCAACAAGCCAGAGAUAUUUGAACUGAUCCAGGAGGUGUUUGGAGUCACCAAGACCACGCACACACAGCAGAUGAAGGCAGUGAAGCAGAGUGUCCUGGACGGAACCUCUAAAUGGUCGGCAAAGAUCAGCAUCACAGUUGUUUGUGCCCAGGGCCUGCAAGCAAAGGAUAAGACAGGUUCCAGUGACCCCUAUGUCACUGUCCAGGUUGGAAAGACAAAAAAAAGGACUAAAACUAUCUAUGGCAAUCUCAACCCAGUCUGGGAGGAGAAUUUCCAUUUUGAGUGCCAUAACUCCUCUGACCGCAUCAAGGUCCGUGUCUGGGAUGAAGAUGAUGACAUCAAGUCCCGUGUCAAGCAGCGCUUCAAGAGGGAGUCUGAUGACUUCCUGGGUCAGACCAUCAUUGAGGUCCGGACCCUGAGCGGGGAGAUGGACGUCUGGUACAACCUCGACAAGCGGACAGACAAAUCUGCUGUGUCAGGAGCCAUCCGGCUACACAUCAGUGUGGAGAUCAAAGGGGAGGAGAAGGUGGCGCCUUACCAUGUGCAGUACACCUGCCUGCAUGAGAACCUGUUUCACUUUGUCACGGAUUUGCAAAAUAAUGGAGUGGUGAAGAUCCCCGAUGCCAAGGGGGAUGAUGCCUGGAAGGUGUACUUUGAUGAGACAGCACAGGAGAUCGUGGAUGAGUUUGCCAUGCGCUACGGGGUGGAGUCCAUCUACCAGGCCAUGACGCAUUUUGCCUGCCUUUCCUCCAAAUACAUGUGCCCAGGGGUGCCAGCUGUGAUGAGCACCCUGCUAGCCAACAUCAACGCCUACUAUGCCCACACCACGGCCUCCACCAAUGUCUCAGCCUCUGACCGCUUUGCCGCCUCCAAUUUCGGGAAGGAGCGAUUCGUCAAACUCCUCGACCAACUGCACAACUCGCUGCGGAUCGACCUCUCCAUGUACCGGAACAACUUCCCUGCCAGCAGUCCCGAACGGCUUCAGGAUCUCAAGUCUACAGUGGAUUUACUGACCAGCAUCACCUUCUUUCGGAUGAAGGUCCAGGAGCUACAGAGCCCCCCACGAGCCAGCCAGGUAGUGAAGGAUUGUGUGAAAGCCUGCCUCAACUCUACCUAUGAGUACAUCUUCAACAACUGUCAUGAGCUGUACAGUCGCGAGUACCAGACAGACCCGACUAAGAAAGGUGAGGUGCCCCCUGAGGAGCAGGGCCCCAGCAUCAAAAACCUGGACUUCUGGUCCAAGCUCAUCACCCUGAUUGUCUCCAUUAUUGAGGAGGACAAGAACUCCUACACGCCCUGCCUGAACCAGUUUCCCCAGGAACUAAAUGUGGGGAAGAUCAGCGCAGAGGUGAUGUGGAACCUCUUUGCUCAGGACAUGAAGUAUGCGAUGGAGGAGCAUGACAAGCAUCGCCUGUGCAAGAGUGCAGACUACAUGAACCUGCACUUCAAGGUGAAGUGGCUGUACAAUGAGUAUGUCACCGAGCUGCCCUCCUUCAAGAGCCGCGUGCCCGAAUACCCGGCAUGGUUUGAGCCCUUUGUUAUCCAGUGGCUGGAUGAGAAUGAAGAGGUGUCACGGGAUUUCCUGCAUGGAGCCCUGGAGCGCGACAAAAAGGAUGGGUUCCAGCAGACAUCAGAGCAUGCGCUCUUCUCUUGCUCCGUGGUGGAUGUCUUCUCCCAGCUCAACCAGAGCUUUGAGAUCAUCAAGAAGCUCGAGUGCCCCGACCCCCAGAUUGUUGGGCACUACAUGCGAAGAUUUGCUAAGACCAUCAGCAAUGUGCUACUCCAGUAUGCUGAGAUCAUCUCCAAAGAUUUCGCCUCAUACUGCUCCAAGGAGAAGGAGAAAGUGCCCUGCAUCCUGAUGAACAACAUCCAGCAGCUCCGUGUUCAGCUUGAGAAGAUGUUUGAAGCCAUGGGUGGGAAGGAGCUGGACACAGAGGCUAGUGAUAUCCUCAAGGAACUGCAGGUGAAACUCAACAAUGUCCUGGAUGAGCUGAGCCGAAUCUUUGCCACCAGUUUCCAGCCUCACAUUGAGGAGUGUGUGAAGCAGAUGGGCGACAUCCUGGGACAGGUGAAGGGCACUGGCAAUGUCCCAGCCAGCACCUGCAGCAGCGUUGCACAGGAUGCUGACAAUGUCUUGCAGCCCAUCAUGGACCUCCUGGACAGCAACCUGACACUCUUUGCUAAGAUCUGUGAGAAGACGGUGCUGAAGAGGGUACUGAAGGAGCUCUGGAAACUGGUGAUGAACACAAUGGAGAAGACCAUUGUUCUGCCCCCUCUCACUGACCAGACGGGCACACAGAUGAUUUUCAACGCAGCCAAGGAGCUGGGGCAGCUCUCCAAGCUGAAGGACCACAUGGUGCGGGAGGAAGCCAAGAGCCUGACCCCAAAGCAAUGUGCUGUGGUGGAGCUGGCACUGGACACCAUCAAGCAAUACUUCCAUGCUGGUGGCGUGGGACUGAAGAAGACAUUCCUGGAGAAGAGCCCUGACCUGCAGUCACUGCGCUAUGCUCUGUCCCUCUACACCCAGGCCACCGACCUCCUCAUCAAAACCUUUGUGCAGACUCAGUCUUCUCAGGUUCAUGGUGGGAAAGGUAUUAGGUUUACUCUUAGUGAAGAAAUUUAUCCUGAGAAGGGCUCUGGUGUGGAUGACCCUGUUGGGGAGGUGUCUAUCCAUGUGGAGCUCCUCACCCACCCAGGCACUGGCGAACACAGAGUCACCGUCAAAGUGGUGGCUGCAAAUGACCUUAAGUGGCAGACGUCAGGCAUCUUCCGGCCCUUCAUCGAGGUCAACAUCAUUGGGCCCCACCUCAGUGACAAGAAGAGGAAAUUUGCCACCAAAUCCAAGAACAACAGCUGGGCCCCGAAGUACAAUGAGAGCUUCCAGUUCACACUGGGAAUGGAGACGGGCCCUGAGUGCUACGAGCUGCAGGUGUGUGUGAAGGAUUACUGCUUUGCCCGGGAGGACAGGACCGUGGGCAUCGCUGUCCUGCAGCUUCGUGAUGUCCUGCAGCGCCCCAGCUGUGCCUGCUGGCUGCCCUUGGGCCGCCGCAUCCACAUGGAUGACACUGGUCUGACCGUCCUCCGCAUCCUCUCCCAGCGCAACAACGAUGAGGUGGCCAAGGAGUUUGUCAAGCUUAAGUCCGACACACGUUCAGCUGAGGAGGGCAGCAGUUAAAGCCCUUCCACCCCCCAGCCCUCUCCACUCCCAACCCCUUUUCUACAGCAUCCUCCAGCCACAUAUAGCCAUAAGAGUGGCCACAAGAGGAAUCUCCUUCCUGGCCCUGGUAUGGUUGAGGGCUGCAGUGACAGACACCCCAUCCCUUCCCUGGCUGGACAGGCAGGGUGACAGUAGUUCUGACCACAGCCACGGUCCCAUCCUACCCUGACAGGAAGGUGCUGGGGCUGGUGGGGCUGCAGGGAAAGGCUGGAUCCCAGACUGGGUGAUGGGACAGAUCUGCCCCUUUCCAGCAUGUCUGAGAUGGAGGAACCCCAGUCGCCCAUCCCUGACCCUACCCUGUCCUACCCAGCCCCAAAUCUCAUCAAGUGACACAAGAAAGAGAGGUUGGGGGAGUGUCUCAUUCCCUGCACAGGUGUUGGUGAGUGGCUGGUGACAGCAUGAUGGCCCCUUGUCCCCAUCCCUUCAUCACCACUGGGUGCCAUGUGGACAGGGAGGCUCCCACCCGCUGAGCACCCUGUAUAUAUGUAAAUAGCUGUAAAACAUGGGGCAGCCGGACACACAGCUGUGUCCUGCACCCAGAAGGGCUAUUGGGGGCUGUUGUGUUGGUGGGCACAGCCCCCUCAUGCCCCACACAGGGUCCCCUCCCUGGCUGGCAGCGGCAUCACCAGGUCCGGGAGUGGCAGGGAACAGCCCCCGGACCGUACUUUGUCUUCCCUGCCUUGCCACCACAGUGGGCUGCCCCACUGCCACCCCAGGGUGCCAGGGCUUGGGGUGAGGUCUGGGGGCACUGGAGCAGAAGGGACCCAUCUCCCUUUGAUCUGGCCAGUGGGGACCAGCCAUCCCUGUGCAGUGCAGCUGUCUCUAAGGGACCUCUUUGGCCCAAACGGAACCUUUCCCUCUCCCAAAUCAAAAAUGUCCCCCCUCUCCUCCCCCCAGUUCCCUGUUAACCACCAUUUCUGUGUGAUCACUGGUGUGUGUGUCUCGUGUGAGUGCCCGGGAGGCCAGGGUGUGUGGGGUCGGGGCUGGCCACCUCAGCUGGCCAGCUUGCCCUAAGUACCAGUGAAGACAAAGGCCUGAUGACCCUGCAAGUCAAUAUACCUCUCUCAGCCCCCUCCCAUCCAAAAACAGGGUACCCCCACUGGCCCCCAUGGUCUUUUUUAACAGGUCCUGCCUGGGACCAAAGGGUUAACUUUCCUCUCUCAUUUCUGUUCAAUGUUUACACCUUGAUUUCUAACCACUGCUCCUGCAUGGCCAGGCUGGAGCUCAGCCCCAAAUCCCCCCUGACCGCGGUGCCCUUGGCCUCAUGCCCCCUCCCUAAACUGUCCUGUUUGGCAUGUGAUUGAACCGACCAACUCUGCUCCUGUAGCACAUGUGUCACCGAUGCCUGUGUGUCUGUACUACCCCGCACGGCACAGCCGGCGGUGGCUACCAUGGAUGCAUGACAGUGAGAUGUUUUGCACUAUUUUGACUUUUUUGGGCUCUGUAAAAAUAUUUUAUUAUUACUGACAUUAAAAAGCACACCCUU